CACGAAACUUCAUGAUCGUUGGCUAGAUAUAAUACAGUUAUCACUUAAAACUUGCCAACCACUUCCUGUGAUGCUGCUUCUGCUUCUAACACUUCCAUACCACUUCCGUUAAGUAUUAUUACCCGAGCCAGCAUCUUGUAUGAAUCGGCUCGCUGGCAUCUCCAGGCAUUUACCAUCAUCUUCCUCACCAGUCCUCCACACUUCUGUCAUCCGCCCAUCGCCACUUAUCUUGAGAACCAUCGCAAGCAUGCCGGCCUCUCACUACAACGCCCUUUUCAUCGGCUCCGGUCAGGGCGCCAACCCGCUAGCCAAGGCAUUCGCCAAAGCCGGCAAAAAAACCGCCAUGGUUGAGCGCUCCUCUGUAGGCGGCACAUGCGUCAACGUCGGGUGCACACCGACCAAGACGAUGAUCGCAUCGGGGCGAGUGGCGUACCUUGCCAAGAGGGGCACAGACUACGGCGUGAAGGCGAGCAGGAUCGAGAUCAACAUGGAGCGAGUGCGCGAGCGCAAGAGGGCUAUAGUAGAGCAGUGGCACAGCGGGAGUGUACGCGGCCUGGAGGCGGCGGGCGUGGACAUCUUGAUGGGCGAUGGAAGCUUCAUCGGGGAGAAAACGGUAAAGGUGGCUCUAAACGACGGCGGAGAACGGGUGGUAACUGCCGACACCGUGUUUGUGAGCGUCGGUGCCCGGGCGUCGCGACCAGAUACUCCCGGCUUGGACAAGGUCGACAAGGCACGCGUCCUGGAUUCGACCUCCAUCAUGGAGCUCGAUGCAGUGCCGAAGCACCUUGUGGUGAUUGGCGGUGGAUACAUCGGUCUCGAGUUUGGGCAGCUGUUCAGGCGACUAGGUGCCGACGUAACGAUCAUCCAGAGGGCAAAGCAGCUGGUGCCCCGGGAGGACCCCGACAUUGCGGACUGCAUGCUCAAGAUUCUCGAAGGGGAUGGCAUUGCAGUUCAUCUGUCCAGCACUGUGCAAUCCGUCUCAGCUUCUUCCGCGGACGGUGGCUUGCCCUUCAAUGUCAACGUGCAGACACCAUCGGGGAUGCUGGCAAUUCCCGGGUCACACAUCCUGCUAGCGGCAGGCAGAGUUCCGAACAGUGAUUCGAUGAAUCUACCUGCUGCCGGUAUCAAGACUGCGUCAAAGGGCCACAUCGUUGUCGACGAUAAGCUCCAGACCUCGGCACCCGGAGUGUACGCGCUCGGCGACGUCCACAGCGGCCCAGCCUUCACACACAUGUCGUACGACGAUUUCCGCAUCAUCCGCACCAACCUCCUGCCCGGCACCAUGUCUGCCACCACGCCGGCCAUGCCCACCACGCUGACCUCCCGCUCGCGGGUCUUGACGCCGUACGUCAUGUACACGGACCCGCAGCUCGGACAUAUCGGAUUGCAUGCACGAGACCUGGAGGGCCGGAAGGUAAAGACGGCAAGCAUGCCGAUGAGCUACGUCGCACGGGCAUCGGAGACGGACGAACCGCGUGGGAUGAUGAAGGCGGCGGUGGAUGCUGAGACGGGCGAGAUUCUUGGCUUCACCUGCUUGGGAAUUGAAGGAGGCGAGGUCAUGUCCAUCAUGCAGACGGCGAUGAUGGGCCAGCUGAAGUGGUGGGACCUCGAGGCAGCAGUCUGGGCCCAUCCAACCUUGGCGGAGAGCUUGAAUAACCUGUGGGGGUACUUGGAGUAGAUAGAUGAUUCAGCUAUAAUUACAAUCUCUGUCACAGAACUAGUUAAACAUUGUCCAACCCGUGGCCAUCGCCCAAUCCUACAGCCUUUCCA